GCUCGGCACAGGCAGCACCUUGCAGAGCCCCUAACUAUGGUUGUGAAGGAGAAGCGAGAUGCUCCUCUUCCUCCUGAGCAGGCUAGCACAUGCUCUGCUGAAGCUGGGCUACCAACCCUCUGCUCAGAUGGGGAUAUCUGAAGGAACAAAUCUGAUUCUUGAGCAAACAGCCAGUAUCAAAAUCUGAUUUUCGUUUGUUAGUCACACUGUGUAUCUUGAAGGAGAGGCUGGUUUCUACUGGUGAGCAACUGGUUGUACCGGCCACGCCAGGGUGUUAAAGCUUGAGUUUUGAAUAGCUGUCAGCACAGAGGUGUGUACUCCAAGCAGAGCUCAGAUACGGAUGUUUGCUAAGGGAUAACUGUCCCUUUGGUGUGUGACCAUUGAUUGGAUGGGGCAGUUGCAUAAAGAGCCCAGACUAAGACCAGUCUCCAUCCUCUGAGAGAGCCCUGAGGCUGUUCCUGUUCAGAAGAAAGCCAGACUCCAGCAGCAACAUGUCUCAGCUGGAAACUGCAAUGGGAAUGACCAUUGCUGUCUUUGACAAGUACGCAAAUACUGACGGCAACAGGCAAACCCUCAGCAAAGCAGAACUAAAGACCCUCCUGGAAAAAGAGCUGCCAAACUUCCUCUCGUCAGGGAAGGACAAGGAUGCUAUCGAUAAAGUCUUCAAGAACCUGGAUGAAAAUAGCGAUUCCCAAGUGGACUUCAAAGAAUUUGUCAUCUUUGUGGCAGCUCUGACUUGCUGCUGUCACAAAUAUUUUGAGCAGAAAGCAGCCAAAUAAUGGCUGAACUGCUCACAGAAGCCAUCUUUGCCUGUGCUCCAUAUGCUAGUGGUAUGGCUCCCUUUACUUCUUCCAUGUAUCGCCAUGCAGUUUACAAGCAUGCUGGGCUGUAAAAAUAAAUCCUACUGUGCUUA